AUGGGCGGCAUAGGUAUCUGGUGCAUGCAUUUUAUCGGAAACCGCGCCAUCGUCCUCGGCAGCGGCGAAGCAGAUAUUCAAAUCCUUUACAACGUCGCCUUCACAGGAACAUCUUUCGUGCUCCCCGUCGUCGUACUGUUGACCGCAUUUUACUCUGUCGGCGUCGAACAGAAAGCAGGUUACAUUCGCAUCUUAAUUGGAGGUUUGCUCACGGGAAGUUCUGUCUGCGGAAUGCAUUAUGUUGGACAACUGGGUAUCUCUAAUUAUAAGAGCUCGUACCACGUCGCCAAUGUUGUGGGUUCCGCUAUUAUCGCUGUGAUCUCCAGUACAGCGGCGCUGGGAAUAUUCUUCCGGUGGAGAGCAACAUGGACCGAUAGCUGGUGGAGACGAGUUAUCUGCGCUGGCUUGCUUGCCUGUGCUGUCUCGGGUAUGCACUGGACUGCCGCCGUUGGGACGGUUUAUCGUGAAAGAGAUAAAACUAUGACGCAUGGGAAUCAGCUUUCCAGGAGCCAAGUGGUCAUCAUAUGUGCUGUCCUGGCAUGUGUUUCUUGCGUGAUAUUGUCUACUUGCGCCAUUGUUGCGGGUGGUAAUCGGCGUCGAUCGACUACUCGGGCCCAUCAGCUUGUUCUUGCUUGUGCCUAUUUUGACCCCGCUGGGCGAGUUAUGGUGACACCUCAAGCUUUGUUGCCGACGAAGAAGAUUGUUGAUCACUAUAUUGGACGAACUUUCCGAGACGACGAUCUCACCCGCACGCAUCCCACUUUUCUAUGGGCCUUUAGGGCAAGUCGAAACUGGCCCGUUGUAAAAGACUUAGUUCCUUUCAUGCGAAACCGCCUCGAGUCCGAACAAGCCGCUAUUCAGAAACAUGUCUUGUCGCGUGGAGUGGUUAUGAACAAGGAGACGGAAUUACAGACAGAUUUUGAUACAUUGUUCAAACACUUAUUCUGCGUUUCAGCCCAGGAGCUAUCCAACGACCUGCGACAACCACUUCAGGACCUCGGGACACUAUAUGAUGAUGUUUUGGCAACCGCCAUUCCUGUAUCCCGGAUCUCUCGUGCUAUGGGUCGCUCAUCUCUUCGCACAGGAAAGGGUCAGUUAUUGUUUAGCGUUCGACAGCUUCAAAAGCAAGAGGCCAAUCGCAUGGCAUCGCUUGGUUUCCGAUUUGCUACUAUCGAACACAUCACAUCGACUCUUUCACGUCGUAUCCACGUUCCCGAAGCCAAUCUCAGAGAACAUCUCCGUGACAUGCGCGACUACGCCACCUCCAACCGCUCCUUCUCAGAAGGCGUUCAUAUAACUGCAUUUGUAAUGCGUCCAACAGUUAGCGAUCAUUUCGAGAUUUUGACCACAAAAGGCACCGGAAACCCACUUCCAUCAUCAACGCUCCCAAUGCUCCGACUCCAAGUCUCGCAUCUAGACUUGAUUUCUCACAUGGAGGGCUGGUCAAUGAACACCUGCUUGAAAUAUCUCCAAUCUCCCGCAGCUAUCCAAACAGAGCGCAGCAUCGACGAAUUCCGCGAACAGCUAGUUCAAGGCAUAGCCACUCUAUCCAAAUCUCUCCCAGAAGAAAUGCGCGCAGCAGCCACCUUCUCCGCCAGACCCCUCCUCGCCCCCUGCAGAACUACAUCACGCCAAUCAGAGGAACCACAAACCCCAAACCCACAGCAAUGCACUAUUCUUACAUUUUGUGUUGUGGGAACCCUAGACACACAAGUCCCCAACCCAGACUUCACAUUCACUCCCUUCCGCCUCUUCCGCGUCCAACAACAAGUAAACGACGCUAUCGCCGACAGAGAUGGCUUCAGUCGAGAACUGAGCCAAGAACUAUUCUGUACAGACGUGCGCUCUGGUUCCACAGCCUCAGAAUCAGAUAUCGUCUCUUCAACUCGCUCAGGUCUUUCACGUCUUUGGUCUUCGCGGAAGAAUUUCGCGAACCGUCCGCACUCGGGUCAUUCACAGGAAACGCUCUUUGAGUCGGGCUUAACUGCUACUGCCUUGGGCGAUAUUACUGUCCAGAAGGAGGUACGCGUGGAUGUUACGCGGCUGAAUGAAAAUGCUGCUAAGAACCCUAUUAUUGCGCAUGAUGCGAUUGUUGCUGCCGGGGAUAACUCUUUCACGCCUUCGACUUAUGUUGAUGAAUUGUAUAGUCUUUGCUAUGCACCUGGGAUUCGAUUACGGCCGGAUUCGUCGUUUAGUCCUUCGCCUGGGCCGAAGUCAGAGUUGUGA